AAUUUACGUGGCUAGGCUAGCUGCACUCACAGGUACGGAGCUGGGACCUGACAGAAAUCACGACUUAAUAAGCAUCAAAGUUCCCUUCGUUUACGUCUUCUAAUCAAACGUUUGUUGUAUAUUUCAAGGAGCUACCCAUCUGAACAGUUACCAUGAUGGAUGUAGAUUUAGAUCAAGAUUUAAUGUCGAAAUUCAGCAGCAUGGGAACGACCGAUCGAGAUGUUUUGAUAAACGAAUUUCAGAAGUUGUUGGGCAACAAUCUUAACCCUGCGACCUGUGCAUUUUUCCUUGACAUGAACAACUGGAACUUGCAAGCUGCUAUAGGAUCCUAUUACGACAUCGAAGCCAACCUCCCUGUUCAGCGGCUACCAAACAUGACGUUUGUGAAAGACGUAACGAUAGGAGAAGGAGAAUCGGUCCCACCAUGUACGGAAUUCACUAAAACAUGGAGAGUACGGAAUCCAGCCACUGACCAAUGGCCACCGGGGUCGUGUUUACGCUUCAUACACGGUCAUCAGCUAGGACCACUGGACAGAGUUUAUACAGAGCAGUUGAACGGUCAGACGGAUAUGGACAUCAGUGUUAAGAUGCACAGCCCCUCACACUGUGGUGUCUAUCAAGGGCAGUGGAGGAUGUGCACAUCAACAGGGGUUUUCUUUGGGGAGACCAUAUGGGUUAUCGUAGAAGUAAAAGAAGGCGGUAUGCUAGGACUUACACAACAAUUAUCUCAACUCGGUACAGGAUCAAUGGAAACUGAUAGUGCGCCCUCUACAGAUAGAAUCAUGCCUAACCCUUUUGGUUCUCCAACAAAACCAGAUGGUUCUUUAAUAAGAGAGUCAACACCCGAGCCUCCAUCCUUUCACUCACCAAGUAAACCAGAACACAGCUCACAUCUAUCAUCACCGGUCAGACCUCCCUUAUUUCAGCACGAUUCUUCAGUACAAAUCCCCACCCAGACGCUGUCAGAACGCGACCCCAGGAUGCCGGCGGUCUUCCACGACUACCAGCUCCCCCACCACCACGCCCCCGAGAACACAGCCCAGCCUGCCUUCCCAACCAACCAAUCAACCGCUUCCUUCUCCACCCUUCAGGCCCCGAAUCCAACAAUCAACCAAUCAGAGUACACGUUUCAUGAUCUCAGGACAGAAGACACAAUGACGGAUGAGGACUUAUAGCAUAUGCAGAAAUCUUUUUUUUAAUUAGUUAAAUGUAGAGAAUACCUAUAGUUCUAAAGGGAUUUUGAAAUCCUUUUUGGCCUACUUAUAUAGUGCUGAUGCACGUGGAUACUUGUACAGUUAGUAAUUAAUAUAUUAUGGUAGUACUGCAACUCAAUUUAUUGAAUUGAAUAGCAAGGGGUAAAGUUUUUAAACGUUUCCCACCUUAAAAC